GCAAGCCAGCAGUGGAACAAAUUGUGUCCAAAAAAUUGAAUGAUGAAGGCUUCAGAUGCAGGUUUGACUUCGACGCAUCUACUGUUACCAUAGAGACAAGUGCAUCAAAGGGGGGAAGAUCAGGCUCUACAAAUGAUCAAGGACAGCAUCGUGGAGAUGGACUUCUCCACCAAAGAGAUCCCACUGAUGAAGGAGGGUGGAGUUGAAGCCUUACCAACAGACGGGCCAGGGGAUACAGAAGUUCUCAUUGUCAGAAAGGAUUCUGUUGUGAAGGUGGUUGCUUUGGCUGAUGCUGCCAUAUCGUUGGGUCACAGUCUGCAACGUUCUUGGGAAAUGUUACAAUCCACUCCACUAGCAGAAGACAAUGAAAGCGAAACUAUUCUGAUGUCUGAACAUUGUGCCAACUAUCUCACCCAGUACAAAUGGACAGAGAUUAAAGCGUUGAUAAACAGGUUCCCUGGUGUUGGAUUGACAAGAGCUGGCAAUACAUUGGAGGUUAAAGGGCCACGGAAUUAUCUCUCGGAGGCAGUGAAGGUGGUCAACGAUGAAGUUAGACGUGUCACCAGCUUCACCAUAACUGUCGGCCCUGGAAUAAGCAUCCUGGCUGUGGCAGAUGUAUCACAACGAGUUGGCGAGAAGCACCUAUGUAUCAUAACUCCUCAACAACAAAUUGGCUUCAUGGAACAAAUGCAAUCCCUAACCCUAGAGGAGUCCCUUUGGAUGAGUUUGCCAUCAGCCCCAAGGAAAACAAAGGUCAAAGUAGUCAUGAAUGCACUCGAAAAACAAAAGGCUGAUGUUAUUGUCAAUACAACCAACGAUAAGUUAAUCCUGGGUAACGGACGAGGCGUUUCUUGGUGCCUCCUCCAGGCUGCUGGUGAAAGCAUCCAGAAACAGCUGACGAAAGACCAUCCCAAAGGCAUCGGCAAUGGUGAAGUUGCAGAGACGGGACCGGGGAACAUCAAGACCUGUAAGGCAAUCUACCACGGAGCUCUGCCAAAUUUUCCUCAGUCACCAAGUCCGAACUAUCAACAGGAGGAGGACGAGUGUUUCAAAUGGAUGGUGUCCUUGGUGUUCAACUGUCUUAUCAAGGCAUCCGAGAAAGGUUAUAAGACAAUUGCCUUCCCUGCUCUUGGUACUGGGGCACAUGAGUAUCCGGUCCAGCACGUUGUCCAGUUGAUGCAUAAGGCAAUAAAGCUCUUCAAUGACAAGAGAUCUGGAGCCAUCAGAGAGAUCUUCAUAGUGAUCUACCCAGAAACGAAACUCUCAGUCAAACAGUUGUUCCUGGCACACCGUCAUACCUACAAGCUGAAGACAAAACAUCUUGCAACAGUGGAACAGUUUCACGAAGAGAAGAAGUUGAAUCAUCAACGCAAGUGCGAGAUUCGUGUCCGCGUAGGAAACACUCUCCUACAGGUUGUACAGGGAAGUGUCAGUGAAGCAAGUGAAGUCACAGAGGCUGUCCUCGUUCUGUGGAAUGACAGGGAAAUAGAAAAUGUAUCUACCAAUCCAGCACUUACCUGCACAAACGCUGAGAAGACUGACUGGCAGUGUUCAGCCUACGUAUCUGAACUUAGCGAGACACGAUGUUCCCAUGACAGCACCAGCUUGCCGUUUGCGACGCUGUUACAUUCCUACUGCCCAAACAACCAAACCAGCACCGUCACCGACGCCAUCGCGGAAGCUAUAAGAAAUGCUGCCCAAAUACACUCCAAUACCAUUACCAUCCCAAUAGCUCCUUCGAGUGAAAUUGCUAAACGGCCAAAUAACGCUGCCCAAAUGGUGUUUAAUGGCGUGAAGAAUGCAGUUGACUCUGUUUUCGUGGUGACCGUCAUCAUACCUGACGAGCAUGUGUUCCAACCAUUCAGCAACAGAAUCGCACAACUGGCUCAGAAAGAGAUGCAGGUUCCGGCGAACAUUGACAAGUCGCCUGUUGCAGUUGAUCUAUGGGAGAAGCCAUACCCCGAAAUAGCGCUCCAGACACAGACUGGCAGACUGGCCAAGAUGGUCGUCACAAUCGCCGAGUCGAAGUACCUCGUUACGUCAUACUCAGAGGACAAAAACAAAAUGGCGGCCGAGGAUUUCAAGAAGGAGCUGAUCAAGGACCUGCCACGGAACACCAGUCACAGUUACAUCCGGCUGGGAUAAACAACACCAUACCCAAUAUUUGAUGAUGGGGAUUUGCUAUAAAAUAAUAACUCUUACCUCCACGCACCAUAUCAGAUUGUAUAUACCACUGUAAAAUUAUCCAUUUUUAUCUUAACGGCUCUGAAACGAACAUAUGUUACAGAGAAAACAAUUCUAACUUUUAGAAACUAUAACCAAAAGGCGCCCAGAGACUUUAUUUCAUUUGGUGAAACUGGGGUUUUCUAGACAUGUCACAUCUUCUAGACUGCCAUGGGCUGUAUUAGGUAUAUUUGUUUCAGGAUUUCUAAGACAGAUCAUUACGUUCACGGCAAGUUCUUGUAAUCUGUAAUUUGCUUAUGGUGGUAAUACGAAAUGAUAUGAAAGAUCUAUAGUUAAUCAAAAUGAUUUAAAGAACACAAGAUUCUUUCAUAUUACUGUUGGUAAUCCGUCAAUACAGUUUAAUGUCAGUCUUUAUGAAGGAAUCUGAUCUUCAUCUUCGUUUGACAAGUAUAGUUAUGAAUAUGCAUGGUCACUACUUCUGAAAUUAUGCAAAUAAUAAAAAUAAGAUCCCUUGUGGUACACAUAUAUUUUGGGUAUUGUUGACAAUGGCCGAGAUAUAUACUAUCAUUCAGGUAACCCUGAUCCACGUUCCACCUGGGCAUUGAAAAUGUGAACAGGAUACAAUGCUCAGAAUUAUCAUAGUGGUGUUUACCAGUAAGUGGUAGAAUACUGGGUCAGUUCAACUAAUGUUUUGUUUGUGUCUGCAAUAUGUGUAUCACUGUGAAUAUGAGCCUUUAUCAAAUAUGCUUUACGCAAAGAACUUAAUUAAGCACCCUCUGUAUUUUUGCAAUGGUAGGUUUUCAAUAUGUACAUAAAACUUCUGGUGGUGACCACGAUGGAAAAGUGUACCUGACCCGUAUGAUAAACAACGACAAAAUGACUGGAAUCCAUGUUGGUUUUAUGAUGAUAAUUGCUCCUUUUUUUAAUAAACACCGGUUUUCUUACAAAACCAUGUCUGUACAAGUAUGGCCCUGGAAUGUUUAUUGUUGAAUGUUUUGGUGAAUGUGAACAUUCAAAAUGUCAUUUCGCAUGUCUUACACGAUUCAAGGUCAGUACUGAGUGUAACCUCCAUGUCACUGUAUAACAGCCAGCACUUUCCUCCUCAUACCCCCCUGUCAGUCUCCUGAUCCUCUGAAGGGUCAGUAUACGCCAUUCCUCAUGUAAAGCAGCUUCCAAUUGGGCCAGGUUAUGUACAGGAGGAUCCCUUUGUUGCACACGACGACCAAUCAUAUCCCAGAUAUGCACCAAAGGGUUAAGGUCGGGGCUCAUUCAAUCGUGAGAUGUGUGAAGGGAUGCUUAGCUAAGUUCUUUGGGUAUAUGUCCAGUCCCUUAUAUCUGUUGUACUUGUUUCAUUCCACGUGCUCACGUUCUUCGUAGGGGCAUGUAUAAAAUGUUAAUUGUAAAAUGUAAAUUAGGCUAAGAUCUGGCCAACUGGAAAUCAGUGGGAGAUAUGUAUUGUUCUCCUUCUGGCGUAUAUACAGAACAUGCAAUGCCAGUAAUGUGGCCAAGUCAUGUUUUAAUCAUUAUUAGUUUCAUAGUUUAUAAGUUUCAAUUUUAAGUACUUGUAUAUAGUUAUUGUAUAUUGUAUACAUGUCAGAUUUUAAGGUUACAGAUAAAAUAUAACAAACCCUCUCAGUUAAAUGUAUCCCUGCACUUAUGCAAUUACUCAAUUAACAAUAGCCACCCUACUGGGUCAGGCCAGGUUCUGACCCAUACGCUUACACUCUGCACUAUCUUCUUUUGUCCUUCUGCCUCAGUUACUCUGGUCAGCUUGCCACCUAUUGUCUGUUUAGUUUUAAAAGGUGGCUGUCACACAUAACUUGUUGGCAGUCACAUAGAUCUUUGUGGAGGAUCACAUCACUGUGGUAUAUUUGUGUUUUCUGGAACAUUUCUGGAUUGUAAUGAAGAUUUUAUUAUUCAGGUCAGUGCAUAUAUUGUAUGUGUAUAUAUGGCAUUGUACAUAGUGUAUUUCUUUAAGAAGUAUUAUAUUAAUGCAUCGGGGUGUAGUUAAAAGUAUUUAUUGUUUUCCAACCAUCACUACAGUUGGUUGGAUGUGUAAUUUAAAUGUAAUUUAUCUACAUUAUAUCAUUAAAUAUCAAUUAGCUAUUUAAAUUAAAUAUGGUGUAUGUGGUAGGUAAAUACCAGUCUAAACAUAAUUAAACUAAAUUAUAACUCAAACAUAUUGUCUAAAUCUAUAAUCGUAUGAAUGUGGUAUGAAAUAGUGAGGGUGGAUGUGAGGUUGAUUAAAUAUGUUUUUUAUCAUUACUUAUUUUAUAUACCAAUAGUAGUAUUAUCAAGUUUGUAUUUUACUUUUCUUAGAAUGAUCCAUGAUGAUGUAUAUGAUUGAUCCUUGACUGCAUGAGAGCUGAUGCACACUCACUGCCACACAGUGGUAAGUGUAUGUUGUAAUAAACUCUAUAUAUUUUCUUCAUCUAUAUUUGUAAUAUAUUUAUUGAAUGUCCUAAAUGAUAUAUGUAUGUAUGAAUAGUUUUCAGGUUGCUAUUUAUAUUUAAAGAUUUAUUUAUGCUAGUGCAUUCUCAGGGCUAGCUGAAUUUAAGAAUAUAUAGAAAGUGUAAUACAUGUAUAUGUACACCUUUAUGCUCAAAUACUUAGUUAUAUUUAUGUAUAUUAUCAGAGUUGUUCCAACAUUCAGGUCAAUAAUAAAAUGGCUGUCAUCUGAGAACACAA